AAGCAAACCAAGCCCACCCCCAGAGAGAGCGGACAAGGGUGAAGAUUAGCAGGAUUUGGUAUAGAUAUAGUUUGGGAAAGGGUAGUGCAUGAGUGCCAUCCGACGCCGCUCCAGCCGCCGCGGGUUGCAGAACCAUGCGGACGGCCAGCAACCCGCGUCUGCAGCUGUAGAGGAAUCUGACGAAGAGGGCACUAGUGCGCAAGAGCCUUAUCGAGGUGGUUCAUUGUCAGAUGGGGAGGAGGAACGGGAUGAUGGCCCGUUGCGCAAACGACAAAAGGCAGCGAACGGAAAGGCCAGUCUGCGAGAGUCCGAGGAUGAGAGAAGGUACCCCGACGGUUCAAUUGUUCGAAUCCGCCUGAAGAAUUUCAUUACAUAUGAUUCGGUUGAAUUCUAUCCUGGUCCAAACCUCAACAUGAUUAUUGGGCCCAACGGAACAGGAAAGAGUUCCCUUGUAUGCGCGAUUGCACUCGGAUUGGCUGGGCGCCCUGACGCCUUAGGGAGGCAAAAAUCGCUGCAAGACUUCGUCAAGGAUGGAAAGGAAAAGGCAACCAUCGAGAUUGAGUUGAAGAGCCGUGGACGAGGUGGAAAUGUUGUUGUGAAGCGACUAUUCAAACGGGGUAAAGGCAACAGUAGUACGUGGAAGAUCAAUGGGGAGCAUUCAAGUGAAAAGACUGUGAGAGAAAAGAUGCAAUCUCUGAGUGUUCAGGUUGAUAAUCUCUGCUCUUUUCUGCCCCAAGAAAAAGUAUCUGAAUUCGCACAGAUGGAUCCGCCGGAGCUGCUGCGAGAGACAGAAAGAGCAGCUGGCGAUUCUCGUCUGGCUGAGUGGCAUUCUCAGCUAAUUGAGUUUCGAGACGAGGAGAAGAAACUUAAUACAUCCUUAGCGGAAGAAAGAAAGCAUCUCGAAAACCUCGAACAACGUAAUGCGGUUCUUGAGCGCGAUGUUGCGCGUUUCCGUGAGCGGGAGACUGUGCUCAAAAAUAUCCGAAUCCUUGAAAUGAAGAUUCCAUGGUGCCAGUACGAGCAAGCGCGUCUGAACUAUUUGGAUGCGAAGGAAGAUAGACAACAAAAGCAGCGAAGAUAUGAGGCAUUCCAGCAACGGUUUGCGCCAAUAAAGCAGGAACUGGAGCGUAUGCAAGACACAUUGCAACAAUUGAAUGCGGACGUCAGAACACUGACUGGUGAAUACCAGGAGAAGACAGUCUCAAAUCAGGGCCUCAAAGGAAAAUCUGAUAAGCUACAAGCCGCGGAAGGUGAAUGCGAUGACUUGCAUCGGGCAUUGGCCGGAAUCCAGAGACGAGAAAAGGAAAAGAUAAAAAAGCUUCAAACUCUGCGUACGGAUAUUGCGAAUGGGCAGUCCGCGCUGCAGAAAAUGGAACAGGAGCUGAUAAAUCUGGGUUUGCUUGAGGAAGAAGGCGGAAGCCAAGAGCCGCGUGGCGAGCUCGCUCAACUUCAGCGAGAAAUCGAUAUCAAAAACGGGAGCCUCCGCGAUAUCGCAGAACGUGUGAAUCGCAUUUUGCAGGAGCAAAGAGAUGUCUCUGAAGAAGCAGCACGCUAUCGGCAGGAGAGAGAGCGCACAUAUAAGGAGCUCCAAGGGCUUGAUGAUGUCAGAAAUCAAAAGCUUGAGAUUCUAAAACGCGAUGAGCGCCAUUGUUAUGAAGCCACAACUUGGUUGAAAGACAAUAUGCACCUUUUCCAAGAGAAAGUUUAUGAGCCGAUCUGCUUGGAGAUUAGCGCGAAAGACCCAAGAUAUGCACAAGCCUUGGAAGCCGCUAUCCAACGAUCAACCAUGACGACGUUUGUCACCCAGACGAGGGAAGAUUACAUUCUCUUGACGGAGGAACUGAUCACCAAACGUAAAUUACGUAUCAAUGCUGUCAUGUUCUCACAUAGAACAUUGGAAUCAUGGAAGCCAGAGGUGCCUAAAGAAGAGAUACAAAGUUUGGGCUUUGAUGGAUAUCUGUUGGAUUAUCUUGAUGGGCCACCGCAAGUUCUUUCCGCUCUUUGUCAAUUGAGUAAAAUUCACGCGAUUCCAGUGACCCUAUCGGAGUUGCGCAACAAUGCGGAGAUCGAGCGAGAGAGGCGAAUGCAUGCAUACAUUUCCAAGAAUAUUUAUUACAUGAUUCGACGAGCAUAUGGCAGCGUUUCGAUCAAAGCAACACGGAUGAAAGGUUCCAGAUACCUGACUCGGUCAGUUGAUAUGGAGAGAAAGCAGCAGCUUGAAGAAGGGCUGGAACAAUUACAUACGAACAUUGAGGCGUGUGCUCAACGUUUAAAAACCAUGGGUAUCGAGGAGGGAAAACUCCGAACAAAAGAUCAACACGUUCGACAGGAGAAGGGCGAGCUUACGGAGCGAAAAAGAGCCAUCCAGCACCAGAAGAUGAAGUAUGAUAAAUUGAAGCGGGACAUAGGCAUUAAGCAAAUGCAAUUGUCUAAUUUUGAAAAAGAAGAAACAUCCACUGAGAUGGAAGAUUUAGAGAUAAAAACAAAAUUGCGGGCGGUAAACGUCAAAAGAGCGAAAUUGGCGCUGGAUUUUCAGAAAAUCAAACGACAAGCUGUGGAUAUCUUUUAUCAAAGAACACUCGCCAUGGUGCGCCAAAUAGAGCUACAAGCGAAGAUAAACGAGCGAGAGAAUCUAAUGCGUGACAGCGAUAAUGAGCUUGCUGCAGCCAAAGCUGAGCUUCAAAUUGCGCAAGAAACUUUCCUCGUCCUCAAAGACACGGCGAAGAGGCUCCUAGAAAAAGCGAAGGCUGCGAUUGAAGAUGUGACUGACGAGGAGAAGGCGGACUUCCAAGCUAUGUAUACGGACAAGUCCCUUGAGGAUUUGGAAGGACUGCUCAUGGAACAGCAAGCUCGAGCAGAAAUGAUCAAUCAAACCGAUGCAGGCGUUAUCGACGAGUACGAAAGGCGCGAUGCAGAGAUUGAGCGAGUACGGAACAAGUUGGCGACACAUGAAGGCAAACUAAGUGACUGGCAAGGCAGAAUUCAACGAAUCAAGGACAAAUGGGUCGCUGAUCUAUCAGAGCUGGUUGGACGAAUCAGCCGAAAUUUCGCCAGGGCUUUCGACAAGAUUGGAUGCGCGGGGGAAGUGAAAUUGAGUCAACAUGAAGAUUAUGACAAAUGGGGCAUCGAUAUAUUAGUCAAGUUCAGGGACAAUGAGAAACUCAAUCUGCUAACCGGUCAGAGACAAUCAGGCGGAGAGCGGUCUGUCUCCACCAUUCUUUACCUGAUGGCACUCCAAGAGCUUUCGCACACACCAUUCCGAGUGGUUGAUGAAAUAAAUCAGGGGAUGGAUCCCCGUAACGAACGAAUGGUGCAUGGAGAGAUGGUUCGCGCCGCAUGCCAAGAGGGAACCAGCCAAUACUUCCUGAUUACGCCUAAAUUGCUUCCGGAUCUUGACUAUCACGAGCGAAUGCGUGUGCUGUGUGUUUUCAAUGGCCCGUACACCCCAGAAACAAUUGAUGCAAAAACCUAUCUAGCGCGACGGAUUGCAAGAAGUGGGUGACAGCUACAGAAACGGUUUUUCGAUAUAAAUAAUUUUUGGUAUACAAUACAAUAAUUCAUGGGCGGUGUAUGCUGAUAUCCGAUAGGUUGUGUGUCCAACGUCUCAAUCCACCCCAAUCCGUUUGAGAGAAUCCCAUAUCAAAUCUGUAUGAAAAU